AUGGAGAGGCCAGAGUCCCUGGGCCACAUUACCAUACCAGCUGUAAAGCUGAAGAACCGGCUGGUUCAGAAUCCCUCGGCUGAGGUGGUGGUGAAUGAGGUUCCAAAGGGGCAUUCAACCUCUCCCUACAGUGAGGAGGAUCUCUAUCAUGGUGAGGUGGUGAUUGAGAAUGUGUUGGAGAUGCAAGGUCUCAUGGAAAGGACCGGGCUACGCUGUGCUCUCCCAGAGCUUUGGAUACCUCCGGCGGGUCAAAGGAGACAACUACUGGGCCCUGCAAGCCUCCCUGUACCAGGCACUGAUGCACACCACCAAGCUUCCUUGCUGGCUGCAGCAGAAGAGCAUCUAUUGAUCUCUGAACAGCUCGAGUCUCAGUAUGGUCUGAUUAAAGGCUGGCUGUUCCCUGACAUAUGCAAACACACAAGUGGAAUCGAAAAUUCUGUGGGUCUGCUGAAAUGCUAUCUGUGCCUUCUCCAGAAUUGGCAUGCGACGGCAGCCUUCCCUGAGGUCGAAGGUUGCAGGAGUGUGUGUGAGCAGCUCUUUCAAGGCGGAGAAGACGAUUUCGGUGUCAUAGAAGCCCUCAAGCUACUCAUCCUAGCCCAUGCCGUGGACUUGCAUACUGCCAUACAGAGGGGCGACAAUGUGCCAAUCUUCUGCUCCUUGUCCCCACGCUCGUACCUUGCCAACCACCUGAGUCAGGUGGGCUUCAGUAGAGGCAUGGAGCAGGGGUUUGGAUUGCCCUCGCGUCCAGACCCUUGUGUGGAGCUCAGCGAAACGCCUCUGGUGGAGCAUGGCGGAACUACAAGGGUCUGGCGAGAGUCAGGCUAGCUGUUCCUACCAUCAAAGUUCAUAUUGGGUCACCUGCGGUGUCAGCGGCCGAUAGCCUGAGGGACUUCUUGAAGGAGAGGUUUCAGCGAAGAGAAUUCAGAAACUCGAG